CGUGCUGCUAGAAGUCAGCAAAACAACAGCAACAGCACCGAAAUGUAAACAGACGGCAGCGCAAAAGUAGCGGUCCAGCAUACCGCCACCGUCCGGGCCCAGGCCAGACCAUCGCCAGCCGUGGCAGUGAAAACGCACACGUACCCGGACAGCAAAAGUGAUUUCCACGUGUGGCAAACGGGCAGUAGCGGGGUGACACACAGUGAUACAUCCAAACCGCCCACCACCCUGUCCCUUCUCUUCCCGCAUGCUGCUGGGGGUGUCCACCGCACGAUCAACAGCGUACGAUGCAGUCGGCAAACGAAACCUACCUCGGGCUGGACCUGAGCACGCAAAAGCUGAAAGCAGUCCUGUUGAACGCUAACUUGGAGAAUGUGGCCCACGCGGAGGUAAAGUUCGACUCGGACCUGCCCGAAUUCCGCACAACGGGCGGAGUGAACGUUGGCACCGCCAAGAAUGAAUUCUACGUCCAGCCCGUCAUGUGGAUCAAGGCGCUCGACAUGGUGCUGGACCGGAUCGUGGUGCAGGGGGCCGACCUCAGCACGGUCGUCGCGCUGAGCGGGUCGGCCCAGCAGCACGGCUCGCUGUACUGGUCCCGGUCCGGGCUGGACACGCUGCGCCAUCUCGACGCGGACAAGUUUCUGCACACGCAGCUGGACGAUUCGGCGUUCACCGUGCACCGGACGCCGAUCUGGAUGGACGGCACGACCGGGCGGCAGUGCGAGGAGAUGGAGGCGGCCGUCGGUGGCCGGGAGCGGAUGGUCGAGAUAACGGGGUCCCGCUGCUACGAGCGCUUUACCGGCCCGCAGAUCAGGCGCAUCUUUCAGCAGCGCCCGGACUGCUACCGCAACACGGAGCGCAUCUCGCUCGUGAGCAGCUUCCUGGCGUCGGUCUUUCUCGGCGAGGUCGCCCCGAUCGACUGCUCGGACGGGUCCGGCAUGAAUCUGCUGGACGUGCGGACGCGCGACUGGUCGGACGAGUGUUUGGCCGCGUGCGCACCGGACCUGCGGGCGAAGCUGGGCGCACCGGUGCCGGCCGCGACCGUCAUCGGCCCGAUCGGUUCGUUCUUCGUGCAGCGGUACAACUUCAACACCGGCUGCCGGGUGGUCGCGUUCACCGGGGACAAUCUGUCCGCGCUGGCCGGCAUGAACGUGGGCAAGGAUUGGCUGGCGCUGUCGCUCGGCACGAGCGACACGGUGAUGAUGCGGCUGAACGCGCCCUCGAACCUGCAGGAGGGCCACGUACUGGUGCACCCGACCGACGACGGCUUCAUGGGCUUGCUGUGCUUCCGUAACGGUUCGCUCGUGCGGGACAUCUUCAAGCGGGCGGAAGCGAACGACAACUGGGAGAACUUUAGCGAGCUGCUCGACUCGACGCCCCGCGGCAACUUCGGCAACCUCGCGCUGCACUUCCUCUCGAAGGAGAUCCUGCCGCCGGUCAAGGGUUCGCUGCGCUGGAACAAAAACUCCAGCCUGGCGAGCGUCGAGCUGGCGAAGGGCGUGCUCAAGUACAGCUCGCCCCAGUCCGAGAUCCGGGCGCUGGUCGAGGGCCAGAUGCUGACGCGCAAAACGUACGCGACCGAGAUGGGCUUCAGCUUUGGCGAGAGCACGAAGAUCCUGGCGACCGGCGGUGCGUCCGCCAACCGGUCCAUCCUGCAGGUCGUGUCGGACGUGUUCAAUGCGCCGGUCUACACGCAGAAAACGACCGAGGCGGCCCUGGUCGGGGCGGCGUACCGGGCCAAGUACGUGCUGAGCGUGGCCCGCAGCCGGGAGGCACCGUGCGGCGACGGCAAGGGCGCGGUGAGCGCACCCGGCCCGUACUACGACUUCAUUGCUGGGCUGCUGCCCCACUCGGUGACGCGCGUCUGCGACCCGAGCAAGGACAGCGAGCAGAUCUACGGCGCGAUGGAGGAGCGGUACCGGGCGAUGGUGAGCUUCAUGAUGGAGCAGCAGGAUUAGCUCAGCGUGCACUAGCUAGUAGCCUUGCCCAGUGAUAUGAGUACUUUAAACGUUCCACACACGCGCACCGCUUACGAACGCUUUUGCAAGGAGAGGGAAAGACAGAGAUAGGAACAAAAACAAAACAAAAAAACAUUCCAAUUUACAGUGUGAUGCGACAAUAUGUGCGCCGAGCUUAACGCACUGGCAGACGCGUUUUCCUAUUUGGCAAAGUUGGCCGCCUGCCCCGGUUCGGUUCGCCUUAACCUACCGCCUAGCGAAAAUGACGGACCAAAGUAGACUAGGGAGCGAAGUUUUGCGAAGCGGCGAGAUGGCAAAGCAAGGCUCAUUUUAUAAUUUGAUAAUUUUUGUUACAUUUUACUCUUUUUACUAAAACCAAGCUUACUGUUGUUACCCGACGUCUUCUUUUAUUUACGAAUAAAAUGCGACAUAACGAUCAAUGAUGGAUUAAUGAUAGUGUAAUGAACAUCUGUAUAGUACUGCCAAGUCAAAAAGUUGGUCUGUAUGUUUGUACAGCGCCAUAACUAUAUGGGCAGUAGGCUUUACGAUUCGCUUAAAAUUUGGAAGAGAUAGUUUCGAGGCUCAAAAUCAUAAUCAUAAUUAAAAAUAUAUAAAACCUCAAUGAUAA